CAAUGGAGCCCCAAAAUACCUCCACUGUGACUAACUUUCAGCUGUUAGGAUUCCAGAACCUUCUUGAAUGGCAGACUCUGCUCUUUGUCAUUUUCCUGCUCAUCUACUGCCUGACCAUUACAGGGAAUGUCAUCAUCGUUACUGUGGUGAGCCAGGACCAGCGACUGCACUCCCCUAUGUACAUGUUCCUCCAGCAUCUCUCCUUUCUGGAGGUCUGGUACACAUCCACCACUGUGCCCCUUCUCCUAGCCAACCUGCUGUCCUGGGGCCAAGCCAUCUCCUUCUCUGCCUGCAUGGCACAGCUCUGCUUCUUUGUGUUCCUCAGCGCUACCGAGUGCUUUUUCCUGGCCGUGAUGGCCUAUGACCGUUACCUGGCCAUCUGCAGCCCGCUCCACUACCCUUUCCUCAUGCAUCGUGAGCUCUGCACCAGGUUGGUGGCGGUCUCCUGGUGGACAGGGAUUGGCACAGGCUUUCUGCCUUCCCUGAUGAUUUCCAGGUUGGACUUCUGUGGGCCCAAUGAGAUUAACCAUUUCUUCUGUGACCUCCCCCCACUCAUGCAGCUCUCCUGUUCCAGUGUUUAUAUCACCGAGGUGACCAUCUUCAUCCUGUCAAUUGCCGUGCUGUGCAUUUGUUUUUUUCUGACACUGGGGUCCUAUGUUUUCAUCAUGUCCUCCGUAUUGAGAAUCCCUUCCACCUCUGGCCGGAGAAAGACAUUUUCCACAUGUGGCUCCCACCUGGCUGUUGUCACUAUCUACUACGGGACCAUGAUCUCCAUGUAUGUGCACCCCAAUCCCCACCUGUUGCCUGAAGUCAACAAGAUCAUUUCUGUCUUCUACACUGUGGUCACACCACUGCUGAACCCAGUUAUCUACAGCUUGAGGAACAAAGACUUCAAAGAAGCUGUUAGAAAGGUCAUGAGAAGGAAAUGUGAUCUAUGGAAUACGAGCAAAAGGAAGUUCCUUUAUUAG